GGCCAGCCUUACCUCAUCCUUGCUGACGAGUGGCUUCCGACAGCAGGCACACACGACAGCAGGCAAUCACAACCCAAUCCACUGCGGGCUUCGACUGGCCGCAGUUGCUGCAUGUACGAUGAGUAUCGGGCAUUUGGGCAGUCGCUCUACGUACAUCAAGGCGACCAUGGUUCACCUUCACGCUCCUGUCCAACUUGACAACACCACUUGAGCCAUAUCCGCUUACUCCAUCACUUUGCUUGUCAGGGCCUGAUCAUCGUCUCAGAAACAUCAAGAUACAACGUCACAUCGUUAUCACAGGUAGUGAGCACCUUCGCCAUGCCCACCUACCUAUGCUACGGGUUCCGUUGGGAUCGCCGAGCCAUCCGCAUCUUUGUCGCAAACCACGACCUCGAGGACGCCACGCCCGACUGGGUCAUCAAUAAGAUGUCAUCAAGGGUGAUCCUCCGACAGCUGCACAAGCUCUAUCCCUCCAUCGGGAAGCCAGAUGAGCCCGUCGAUUUGCAAGGCCGGGAUGCUCUUGGACAGGAAGUCAAACCCGAGUACGCCCACUUGCCUGCCAACUACAACCCCGAGGACGACCUUGUCCUCCGCCUAGACUGGUCUGCCAUCAAGCUCUUGGAAUCUCACGAUGGAACCAACAGAGAGACUUCGCGACCCUAUGCCUUUGUGGCUAACUACGUCGUCCGCGUGGACCAGGACUGCAAUCUGAGCAUGGAGUCGGCCUACAAGGCUCUGCUUACUGAGAAACACGAAACAGAGCAUGGGUAUCUGAAAACGCUCCAGGGAGCGCUCGCACCAGACGAGCCUUUGGCUUGGUACGUGGUCCACUGUGCCGACCCGGGGCGCGCCACAUAGGGAGGCGCCGCUGCUGGUACGCAGGUAGAAGUCAAGAAGGUUGCUCCAACUCGGAGGCCGGUUGAAGUGGCCCAGGGACAGCAAGCGAGGUCAGAGUCCAAGCCCAAGCGGUUUCUGGGCGAACAGAAGAAGAGGUUCCUGACGUGGCGUCGCAAGCCUGGCAGCGCGAGCAGCGGGCCCCCGACACAACCAGCCUCCGAGGAAGCCGGGCGCAAUGCGACGGACGAACAAAACAAUAACGGCGAGGGAGAGGGAGAGGCGGCUUGAGCCGUUCCGCUGGACUGAGGUGGUAUGGAGUACGUAUUGUUAUUAUAGAUGACGCCAGAGUGUAUAUCACUCGAGCAGAAGAAAAGGCGUUGCGCUGAAUUCAACAUGGGUUUAAGAAGUCUUCACGGUCCAGGCUGGCUGUAUACUGCUACUGAAAUUGUAC